GAUAUGGCCGCCAGGUGACUGACUUCCCGGAAAUAUCAACUGCUAAGAGUUUUUAAUCCACUUGUGGAGCCACACGGAGGACUUUCUGUAGAGCAUCAUGCCCAUAUGCAUGUGAAAAAAGUAUUUAAUUUCUUUGCAUUUAAAUUGAAAUUUAUUUUGAGGCUUAAAUUAAGCUUAAAUAUGCCCGGUGUGCGCGAGAUCGGGUUUGUGGGCGCCGCGCUCGCGCUGACAGGAGGAGUCGCGUGUUUUGUGUGCCAUCUGUUAAAGAAAACACCAGAUGAACCAAAGAAAAAGGCGAAAGAAGAGUUGAACGAGGAUGAACUCAAGCAAGAGCAAGUGCAUAAAGCAACUAGGACCGAAAAUGCAUUAAAUCCGCCGAUAAUAUCAGAGCCCAGGUCUGCAGGGACACAGGUGCUGGUUUUGGGGCUGGACGGGGCUGGGAAGACCAGUUUACUGCACUGUUUUGCCACGGGCAGCCUGGAACAGGACACGAGUCCGACUCAGGGCCUCAAUGCAGUCUCUAUCAACAAAGAAGAUCUUCAGAUUGAGUUUCUAGAGAUUGGAGGAUCAGAGAAGCUGCGCGAUUACUGGUGCAUGUAUCCGAGUAAAGCUCGUGUGCUGGUGUUUGUGGUGGACUCGACUGAUGCAGACCGAUUCCCUCUGGCUAAAUGUCACUUACAUCAGCUCCUGUCUGCCGACCCCUGUCUGCCCCUGGUGGUGCUCGCCAACAAACAGGAUGUGCCUGGAGCUCGAAGCAUCACUGAUCUUUACGAGGCGCUGGAUUUGGGUAACGUUGGCGACGGGCACCGUCUCAGUGUCAUCGGUACUCAAGUGAAGAAGGGAAAGUCUGAGGCCAACGGCAGUGUACAAGAUGCCCGUGACCUCAUCGUAGAGAUGAUGUCUCAUAACUGACUCCCUUUCAUUGGCUGAGACUUAGAAGUGUUUUAAAACAGUUUUUCUUUGGUUUCCGCUGCACUACAUACAUCAGAAUGUCUCGACAACGUUCAGGUCUUUGAUAUCACCAAAGAGUCUUCCAACCAUAUGUCAACAAAAGGGCCUUUUUUUUCUAGAUGUAUGUAGUUCUCAUAAAAAUAGUUACAUAUAUUAUCAUGUACGAGCUCUUUAAAUGAGAUGGAAAAAAAACAUUUUAGGAAAACGGAGCAUUUUGAGUUAAUUGCUGCUGCUGUUGUGAUUGUGUAUUAUGAGAUGUGGAACUGUAAUGGGCCUUAUAAACUUGUGAUUGACUUAUUUGAGUAUUUGUGUCAUGUAUUUGUUAGAUGAUCAGAUGGUUGAAUUGGUUUACAGAAAUAGGCUGUUCUGCGAAGUCUGUAUAUUAACUUUGUAACUUGACUCUACUGUUAUCGGCAAUUAGAUUUUUAGAGCCAGAAAUCUGAUGUCAAGUAAAGAUUUGAUCUAUUUUGUCAUUGUGUUUUGAUAACUAUUAAAUAUUGAUUGAAGUAACAGUUUGUCACUGUGUAAUAAAAUCCCCUUGUAUA